AUGAGGCGUCCUAUGCAUAAUACGACCUCCCUGCCUCGGGAUUUACGUUCUGAACUGGGAGUCAAGGAUACUUACGGAGCGAGGAAGAAUAGACGAAAUGCAGGGCCUGUGUCGCGAAAAGAUCGACGUCAAGCGGAGCGGACAAACAAGCGAGCGCAGCGAGGACCUACGAAGAGCAGGAAUCAUAGACAUGUUGAGGAGGAGGAUGACGAUGACGUUGACCUCGAUGAAGGGUUCGAUGGAGCUUCAUCCGAAGAGGAAGUGAAGAAAGCGCCGGUCAAGUCGAAACCAACCAAGUCCGCAGAGGAGAAGCCCAAAUCGACUUCGAAGAAGCGCAAGGCUGAGAAAGAACCGGAAUCGGAAGAUGAGGACGACGAGCCCGCUCCCCGGAAGGUUUCCCAGGCAGUUAAGGACAAACUGGACCAGGAUGAGGCCGAAAUUGCUGCUUUGGAGAAGAAGCUUGGACUUAAGAAGGGCAAGAAGCUUCCUCAGUCUUUCGCGGAUGAUGGACUGGGCGACCUGUUGGGUGACUUAGGUGAUGAGUCGGAGGACGAGGACAAACAACGGAAAAGGGAAGCGGAUGAAUGGUUAAUGAGCAAGAGGAGGAAAGCUCAAGGACUUCAGGUUGAUGAGUCGGAGGAUAGCGAUGAUGGAAGCGACGAGGAGGGAUUUGAUUUGGAUGAGGAUGAAGAUGAAGAUGAAGAUAUGAUGGACGACGAUGGCGAGGAAGGCGAAGGCAGUGAAUUUGGCGGAUUCGACGAGGAGGAAAAGACUGUCCCCAAGAAAAAGGAGAAUCCAUAUGUGGCACCUGUUCCAGCCGCCAGCCAACCGAACAAAUAUAUUCCUCCAUCGCUUCGUGCUGCAUCCAACUCCGAAGACGAAUCUCUCACACGCUUGAGACGGCAGGCUCAAGGACACCUGAACAAAUUGUCCGAGGCUAAUAUGGUUUCCAUCCUCAAUGAAUUCGAGAAGCUCUACCGCGAAUAUCCCCGACAGAAUGUCACAUCGACGUUGAUUACACUGUUGAUGAGUCUGAUCGCUGAGAGAUCUGCGCUUCAAGAUACUUUCAUCAUCCUCCACGCGGGUUUCAUCGCAGGCCUGUACAAGCUUAUUGGUUUGGACUUUGGUGCAGAGCUUAUUCAAAAGGUCGUCGAGGCGCUGGACGCGAAUGGCGACGAACGCGGUCAGUAUCAAGGAAAAGAAAACAUCAACUUGAUUGGUCUUAUCGCGCAGCUGUACAACUUUCAUGUUAUCGGAUGUACCUUGGUGUUUGACUAUAUUCGGUUGUUUUUGCAGGAGAUCACAGAGGAUAACACCGAACUACUCCUCAAGGUUAUUAGAAAUUCCGGUCCCCAGCUUCGACAAGAUGACCCCUCUGCCUUGAAAGACAUUGUUCUCCUCGUCCAGCCAGCCAUCGCAAAGGUCGGCGAGGCAUCUCUUUCCGUCCGCACCAAGUUCAUGAUCGACACCAUCACAGACCUCAAGAACAACAAGGUGAAAACCGGCGCCGGGGCGAGCAUUACAUCAGAGCACAUCACCAAAAUGCGCAAGAUUCUGGGUUCCUUAAACAACUCGCGAGUAAUCCGUGCCUCAGAGCCCAUUAGUAUUUCUCGAGCAGAUAUCCACAACUCCGCAAAGAAGGGUAAAUGGUGGCUCGUCGGUGCAAGCUGGAGGGAAGACCCUCUCGAAUCCGCACGAAAAGAGCUGUCCGGCGUGCCUCUGGAUCACAGAAAGAACGAGCUCCCAGAAGAUGACAGCGAAGGCGAACCCGACCUGGGCAGCAUCGCCAAAGCCCACCGCAUGAACACCGACGUCCGACGAUCCAUCUUCGUUGCCAUCAUGUCCGCCCAAGACUACCAAGACGCACACGUCCGACUCCUCAAACUCCGCCUGAAACGCACCCAGGAAUACGAAAUCCCGCGCGUCCUCAUCCACUGCGCCAUGGAAGAAGAAGCUUACAACCCCUACUACACCCUCAUCGCGCGCCGACUCUGCGGUGAAGUCGGCCGCCGCCUCAAAGUCUCCUUCAUGUACGCCCUCUGGAACACAUUCAAACGCCUAGGCGAACGCGGCGACAUGGAAGAAGAAGACGACAACGACUUCAACGAAGGAGACGAAAACAGCCUGCCCAUGAAAGCCGUCGUCAACCUCGCCAAAUUCUACGCUACCAUGAUCACAGACAAGACACUUAACCUCGGCAUCCUCAAGACCCUCAACUUUGCAUACCUCCAACCGAAAACCAAGACAUUUGUCGAGCUGCUCAUCAUCAGCAUCAUCCAGCAAUCCCAGAAAUCCAAAAAGGGCAAAAAGAAGAGCAAGAAGAGUAAGAAGACCGAAGACGACGAUGGUUCCACCAGAGAUGAAAGUGCCAUUAUGGAGAUCUUCCUGCAGACAAAGGAUACGCCGCAGGUCGUCAAGGGGUUGAUGUUCUUCCUGCGCAAGGUCGUCGCGAAAUCUGAUAUCGUGUCGGAGAAAGAGCAGAAAUUGGUACGAUGGGGAUCCAAGGUCGCCAUAGAUGCUUUGAAGGUUGCGUCCAAGGCAAAUGGUGAUUUGGAUUAG